CUAUAUAAUACAUCACCUACAACAAUUCAAACUCAAACCAACCUUUUUCAUAUUCUUACCUUCAAUUUCCUCUCUUUUUUCUAGCUAAAACACAUAACUAGACAAAUUCCUAACUAGCUAUACUCUCAAUAACUCAAUGGAUCCAUCUCAUAUAACUGCUUAUGUAAAUUUCAGCUGCGAACUGAGAAUAAUACAAGCUCGUAACAUCGAAUUCAUCAAGUCCACGAAGAACUUAUUUGCAAGGUUGUAUCUUCCAACAGGAAACGACAAAAGAAUUCAACUAAACAGCAAAAGUGUUUCCACCAAAUCAGUGCCCUUUUGGGACGAGUCUUUUAAUUUAGACUGCUCAUGCCCUCAAGAAUUCUUGGAAAACCUUAAUCAACAAAGCCUAGUGUUGGAGCUAAGACAAAGAAAGAUAUGGGGGUCACAACUUAUUGGCAAAGGUGACAUUCCAUGGAAGGUGAUUCUUGAAGCACAAAACAUGGAGUUAAAAAAAUGGUUGAAAAUGGAUUUGGUGAGUGGAAGUGAGUGCAAAGAGGGUAUGUUCAGUACACCAGAAGUGGAAGUGGAGAUUAAAAUAAGAGUAGCUUCAGUUGUUGAGAUGGAGAAGCAAAAUAAGAGGAGAUUGAAUAAUUGGAAUGAGUGUGGAUGCAAAAAUGGUCAUGAUCAUCAAGCUUGGUGCAGUGCUGAAGAAUGUGAUAUAUUUGCAUUCGGUGCAGCUUUGGAGGCUUUUUGAUUUUGAUGCAAAGUUAUGCAAUGUAUAUAUGCCCCGAUAUCAACUAAUUAGCAUAUCAUUAUAAUGAAUUGAAUUUUUGACAAUUAUAAUGGAUUGAUUCUAUAUGAUUAGAGUUUA